GCCGCCGAGGUGGUCAGGUGCAGCUCGGCGAACGACCGCCGGCGGUACCAUGAUGCGCGCGGGGCUGAAGUCGUUCGCGUCGCGGCGGUCGUUCGCGACGGUGCGCGACAAGCUCAACGAGCUCGGGUCCCAGAUGCCCCAGGGGGGCCCGCCGACGGGCCUCGUGUCCGCCGUCGCGGGCAUCUCCGCCGUCGGGUUCCUCGGCUACAACAGCGUCUUCACGGUGCAGGGCGGCCAGCGCGCCGUGCUCUGGAGCCGCAUCUCCGGCGUCAAGGACGCCGUCUACGCCGAGGGCAUGCACCCCCGCGUGCCCCUCAUCGAGUACCCCGUGCCGUUCGACGUGCGGACGCGGCCCCGGAACGUGCAGUCGCUGACGGGGUCCAAGGACCUGCAGAUGGUGAACAUCACGCUGCGCGUCCUGAGCAAGCCCAACACGAGCGAGCUCGCCUGGAUCUACAAGCGCCUGGGCCACGACUACGACGACCGCGUCCUGCCGUCGAUCGUCAACGAGGUCACCAAGGCCGUCGUCGCGUGCUACAACGCUUCCGAGCUCCUCACGAAGCGCGAGCAGGUGUCGAACGAGAUCCGCCACCGCCUCGUCGUGCGCGCCGCCGACUUCCGCAUCAUCCUCGACGACGUGUCGAUCACGCACCUCUCCUUCAGCCACGAGUACACCGCGGCCGUCGAGGCCAAGCAGGUCGCGCAGCAGGACAGCGAGCGCGCGCGCUACAUCGUCGAGAAGGCCAUCCAGGAGAAGAAGUCCAUCAUCGUCAAGGCCGAGGGCGAGGCCCAGUCCGCGCGCCUCAUCGGCAAGGCCAUCCAGAACAACCCGGGCUUCGUCAAGCUCCGCAAGAUCGACACGGCCAAGGAGAUCGCGGGCACGGUGGCCCGCAGCCAGGGCAAGGUCUACCUCAACGCCGACUCGCUCCUCAUCAACAUCCUCGGCAACGAGCAGCUCGGCGAGGACACGUCGGCGAAAAAACGCGGCUGGUUCCGCUAGAGUCCGCCGCCGCUUGCGGGGGGGCGCGGCGCGCCCCGCGCGAGCUAAUCUUCCGACG